AUGAUUUACGACAAACCGACUGAAUAUCAUUACUUACCACCACCUGGUCAAUAUCAACAACACCAUCAUCAAGAAUCAGUGCAACAACAGCAUUCACCUCAACACCUCCCACAACAGCUGCUAAAAGAGUAUGGUGGUGGAAACACGACCACAACUACUGCAACAACAACAACAGGUGCUAGUUUCUUACCUUCAAUUUCCCACCACACCACUCCUGUGUACCAACACCAAGUGGAAGCGUCACAUUUAGAACAACCUAUGUCAUCUAUUACACAUUCUAAUGCACAACCUUACCCUUAUAACUACCAGCAAGCACAGGUGCAGCAGCAACAGCAUCAUUCAUUUUAUGCUCCUACUUCGCAUGGAGCCACCUAUCAAUAUACCCCCCUCCCGCAUGCAAACAACUCAUCUAAUUUACCACCAUCCUCGGUCAAUGCAGGCGCCAACAACAACAAUACCACAAAUAGACGAGGCCCAUGGUCACCAAUGGAAGACAAAAGAUUACUCGAACUUAUAUCGAUGUAUGGAGCCACAAAUUGGGUUAGAAUAGUCAACACUUUGGAAACACGUACACCAAAACAAUGUCGUGAAAGGUAUCAUCAAAAUUUAAAGCCAAGUCUUAAUAGAGCACCUAUCACUGUUGAGGAAGGUGAAUUGAUUGAAAAGUUGGUGGCUCAAUACGGGAAAAAAUGGGCUGAAAUAUCUCGUCAUUUGAAUGGAAGGUCAGAUAAUGCUAUCAAAAAUUGGUGGAAUGGUGGUGCUAAUAGGAGGAGAAGAGCCAGUUUGGCAACGUCUACCAGCAACAACAACAACAACAACAGCAAUAGUAACUAUAGUGGCAACGGAUUGAAUAAAGCAGACGAGUACAUCGGACAACAGCAGAAGCCGCAACAGCUGCAACAACAACAACAACAACAGCAGCAGCAGCAGCAGCAAUAUCUGCAUUUACCGGCACAUAUUGAAGGUGAUCCAAAACCAAAAACUGCUUCCAAUCUACCACUCCCCCCUCAACCGCAACCGCAAGAACAGACUCACAGCAAAGCCCUUCCAAUGGGAAUAUCCUCAAGUUUAUCCAGCUUAAAUAAUGCAUCCAUACCAUCAGCUAAUUCAACUACAUUUGCUGGUGCAACACCAAAUAGUACAGCUCGUAUUACACACUUACCACAAAUUUCGUUCAACACAUCCAUGUUUGGUGGUGAUAACAAACAACAAAGAGACGCUCACAAGACAUUGCCUAGCAUCAAUUCGUUUGCUGCUGGUAAGUCACCUUUACUUCCAGCAUUAUUAAGAAACAAUGAAACCAGAUCAGCUAGUUUUGAUACCGGAUCAACUGCUGUUGCUGCUACUGGUAGUGGAGCCAAGUCAGCGUUCCCACCGACUACCUUACCACCAAUAUCUCACAGCAACAAGAGACGAUUAAUUGAUGAUCCUUCCAAUUUCACCAAUCGUCGUCACUCUAGUGCUCAUGCUAUGUUGAUGCAAGCACAUGUCAAUGGAUCACAUUCGAACUUGGCUCAUGGUUUCUAUAACAACUCACCAAAACAUGCACCGGUGCAUGCCCAAAGUGGCAACGUGUCGCCAUCAUCGUAUCAUGGUUCUCCAUUGAUGUCGGGGUCACUUGGCUCAAGAAAUAAUUCAGUAACGCAUUUUGAAUUGCUCAAUAACAAUAAUUAUCCUCAUGGCCAAAACCAUCAUCAUCAACACAACAAUGGUGACAAUAUUUCAUCAAUGCGAGGCAUCACAUCGUCUCCCAACUCGACUACAAACAGUCUAUCAUCAAGACGCUCAAGUUCAAUUGUGUCUGACAUGGCCCCUCACUCAUCGAUUGGUAGUAAAUUCGGUGCUGACUAUUACAAUAGCAACAACAAUGGCAACACACAUAGACGAAACUUGUCACAAAAUUCUUCAUUCAACUCCCCCUUGCUUACUCCAUCAACGAGGUUUUCCAUUUCAUCAACUACCUCACUAAUGAAUCACCAAUUGACAACAACUACAUCAUCGCCUGUUCAUAAAUCGCAUGAUUACUACUCCAAGAAUCGAAGUGGUAGUGUUUUAGUUACUGGUAACAUCAAUGCAUUACAAGAAGAAGAGCACAAGCGAGAAAGGCGAAGUGUUGGUGACAGAAGUGGUGACGGAAGUAGCAACGACAACGAUGAUGAUGAUGUGCAAAUGAGUGAUGGAAAAAGAAGGAGUAUUGAUGAUAAUGAUGCAACCCCAAAGCUUUCCAAUGAUCAACAUGCAAAUGCCCAUGAGACCACCAAAUCACCUGGAUCAGAAACUAGAAAAAUGUCGGUAGCUGCCUUACUUGAUUAA